AAUUACUCCGCACCAAGCCAAGCGCCGCUGUCGCUAAGCGUUAGAGCAUCGCAAUGAGCUAUUUCUUGGCCGAUGAGAACGUGGGAAACUGGCAUCUUCUGAUUCAAGAACUCAUGGACAUGAUCCACUUAUAAGUAAGUUGCUUGCAAUUCCCGAAAUCCUUUGACACCUCCGGCUAUUUGCUGGUUAAUCACUUACCCUCUCGCUUCGAUCGCAGCUCCGCUUGGUCCCUGGGGAUAGAUAACAUCAGUGGCACGGUUCCGCCGCCUUGGCGGGCUCCUCCUAUGCAGCUGUUCCCUGAAGAACGUGGACACAGGCUUCAACUGGAACUGAUACCCGAGAUGGCUGUACCGGACACGCCAAGAUCCCCUAAUCUCAGCACUUCCGGCACGUUGUUCGACAGCUGCUCCCAAUUGGGGAGUGUGAACUGGGAUGCGCUAUUUUGAAUUGAAUUGACCAAAUAUAGCUGGGGACAGGGCUAGAGAUAUUCAGGAACCGGCAUCCCCGGAACUUGGUAGAAAUAUCUAUAAAAGCUGCACUCUGCGCACCUGAAAGAUCGAUGCAUAUCCGCACUGCCAUCACCGCGGGCGCAGCCCUUGCCCAGACUGCAGUUGCAGCUUCUGUGCAAGCAAAGAACGUUAUUUAUAUCGUUCCCGAUGGAUAUGGGCCUGCAUCACAAAACAUGGCCCGUGACCUUGUGUCUCUGGUUGACAGUGACACGACUGGCAGCAACCCGAAGAUCCAUGAGCUUGCAGUAGACGACCUGGCCAUCGGACGUGUCCGCACCCACUCUGCCAACAACAUGAUCACCGACUCAGCGGCUUCUGGGACCGCGUAUGCUGCCGGCCACAAGUCCUACAACGGUGCUAUCUCUGUCACACCCGAAGGUCAGCCUGUAGGUUCCAUCCUCGAGGCCGCUAAGCUUGGAGGCAUGAAGACUGGUCUCGUUUCCACCACAUACAUCAGUGAUGCCACGCCCGCAGUCUAUGCGGCUCAUGCCGCCAACCGUGGCUCUAUGCCCCUGAUUGCAGAGCAACAGCUCGGCUACAGCCACCCACUCGGUCCCAUGGUCGACCUGCUUCUCGGUGGCGGCCGUUGCAACUUCUCGCCAAAUAGCACCGAGGGAUCCUGCCGUGCAGACGACUUCGACCUAUUGACCUACGCAGAAGAGCAGGGCUUCACCGUCGCCACGAACCGCGAGGAGUUCAACGCUCUUGAGAAGGGCCAGGGCCAGGCGGAUCUGCCGUUCCUAGGUCUUUUCAGCGAAGGCAACAUGCGGUACGAGAUGGAUCGUCGCAUCAUCCAGGAUGAACCAUCCUUGCUUGAGAUGGCCGAGACAGCCGUGAAUGCACUCCACCGCGCCACCCGUCGCCGGAACAAGGGUUUCUUCCUCAUGAUCGAGGCAGCACGAAUCGAUCACGCUGGACACGACAACGACCCGGCCAACCACGCUUUCGAGACAGUCAUGUACAACAACGUGGUGGCCUGGGUACGAGACUGGAUCGACCAGCACCCAGACACCAUCAUGUUGUCCGCCGCCGACCAUGAGACGGGCGGCCUGACGCUGAAUGGCUACGACCCGUUGCCUCUGCGCAAUGCCACUCACUCGCGCGCCUAUCUCCAGUCCGUCUGGGACAACGACCGCCCCGUCGACGCUGACGAGCGGGACUUCCUCGUCUCUGAGAUUCUCCCGGCUUAUGGGCUCGAGGACGUCGCCGAUGCUGACAUCCAAUCCAUUCUCGACGCGGACAGUAUCGGGGCCGGCAUCGCCGCUCUUAUGUCCUCUCGUGCCGGUGUCGACUGGUCCACUGGCGGCCACACCUCCGUCGACGUCACCUUGCAUGGCUACGCCGCCGGUCGGAAGCGCCACGACCUGAAGGCGGACCUCGCCGGAGGCUGGGAUAACACUGAGCUCCCUCGCUACAUUGAAGAGGUUCUCGGCCUCGACAUGGACGCCGUUACCGAGAAGCUGCGCAAGGCCACCCAGGAGGACUCGUCGUGGUUGGGUCCGCGCCAGCUUGUAGCUCGUCGUGACGUCGGGGGUUGUGACCACUACCACUAA